AGGGAGGAUAGGAGAGAGCAAGCGCCGCUGCCUUCUCUGCUGCACACCGCAGUGAACGGGGCUCCCCAUCCAACCCGUACUAGCGUCUCUCUUGGCUAUUCAGUGGAUGCUGUCUUUUCCGCCAACAACAACAUCUAGCCUAGGCCUGAGGUGUGUUUGCGGACCAUUCGCAAGGAAUGCUUUACGUAUUUUACAUGGUUUGAAUUUUGGGUACCAAUCGAGGGGAGUCAAGAAGAACGCGGUUCCCCGGGAUAUUUUACAGAGGUAUGCCAGUUCCAGACGCAGCCUCUGACACUGAGAACCCCAGCAUGCUGAGCCCAGUGCUAAACGCCUCUAAUGGAGAUGGCUCUGAGACGGAGACCACGUCAGCUAUCCUGGCCUCCGUCAAGGAACAGGAGUUGCAAUUUGAGCGACUAACUCGAGAGCUGGAAGCCGAACGGCAGAUUGUCGCCACCCAACUGGAGAGAUGCAAGCUAGGAUCUGAGACCGGCAGCAUGAGUAGCAUCAGUUCAGCAGAUGAGAAGUUUCGCUGGAAUAACCAAGACGGACAGAAGGACAUUGAGGAGGAACUGACAACCGGGUUGGAGCUGGUGGAUUCCUGCAUUAGGUCACUCCAGGAAUCUGGGAUUCUUGACUCCCAAGAAUUUUCCACAGGCGACAGACAAGGCCUGCUAUCCCAGAGUGCACUGCAGCUGAACAAUCAAGACGGCUCACUCUCUUACCCAGCCGGUUACCACAGCAACCAGGCACUUGAGGCCCUGCCCCGCGGUGGCCAGGUGGGAGGGGCAGUCCACAGUUACAAUCAGGUGACGUCGAGCCGUGCGGCCCAGCUGGCUGCAGGCGUGGACUCCUCCCAGGCCAGGGACAGAGAGUCCUUCGCCCAGAGCCAUGGUAGCGCCUUCCACAUGCCCGACGCCGCGCCCGCCCCCUCCAUGUACUACUCCUGCUCCACCCUGCCCGCCCAACGCGUCAGCUCCCCCCACUCCGUGCAGGCCGUGGGCUCCCCCACCAAGCUCCAGCGCCUGGGCUCGGCCUCCGACAUGCCCAGCUAUGCCACCCUGCAGCGGGUCUCGUCGCCCAAGCAGUCCCCCAGCCGUCUGGCCAAGUCCUACAGCACCAGCUCCCCCAUAAACAUGGUGGUGGGGUCCGCGGGUCUGUCCUCCGCCUCCCCGCUGCACAUGGCCUCCCCGGGCAAUGCCUCUGUCUCGUCACCCCUCCACCAGCUGAGCUCCACGGUGGGCAGCUACGCCACCCUGUCCCCCACCAAGCGGAUGAUGCACUCCUCCGACCAGUACAAGAUCUCCCACGAGCUGUACGCCAACGCCACCUUGGGGAGGCCUGGCAGUCUGGCUGGCUCCCGGGGCUCCUACAGCAGUCAGCACAGUCACCUGGGAUCCGAGAUGCGACCCCUGCAGUCUCCUGAACACCACAUCGACCCCAUCUAUGAAGACAGGGUCUACCAGAAACCUUCCCUCAGGGGCCUCAAUCACAGCCAGGCCCCGUCCUCCCCUGGUGUUGACUCCAUCCCGUUGCAGCGUACCAGCAGCCAGAACGCCUCGGGCACUUUGCCGUACCAGAGGGGCAGCUUCGCCCCCGGCUCGGCUGCCGACUACGCCAACCCGUACCGCACCCUCCAGUUCUGCCCGUCCACCGAAUCCCCCUACAGCAAGUCGGGCCCCACCCUGCCCCCGGAGGCCUCGCUGGCUCGCUCCCCGUCGGUCGACAGCAUCCAGAAAGAUCCCAGGUACGACCCUGAAUUCCUUGUCUGGAAUCAAAAUCAAGCCGAGCAAAGAAUGACAAAGGAGUUUGGCUGGAGAGACCCGGAGCUGCCUGAGGUGAUCCAGAUGCUCCAACACCAGUUCCCCUCGGUCCAGUCCAACGCGGCGGCCUACCUCCAGCACCUGUGCUUCGGGGACAACAAGAUCAAGUCGGAGAUCCGUAGGCAGGGAGGGAUCCAGCUGCUGGUGGAUCUGCUGGAUCACAGGAUGACCGACGUGCACCGCAGCGCCUGUGGAGCCCUGAGGAACCUGGUGUACGGGAAGGCCAACGACGACAACAAGAUCGCCCUGAAGAACUGUGGCGGGAUACCGGCCCUGGUGCGCCUCCUGAGGAAGACCACGGACGUGGAGAUCAGAGAGCUACUCACAGGUGUGCUGUGGAACCUAUCAUCAUGUGACGCUCUGAAGAUGCCCAUCAUCCAGGAUGCCCUGGCGGUGCUGACCAACGCGGUCAUCAUCCCCCACUCGGGCUGGGACACCUCGCCCCAUCAGGAGGACCGCAAACUGCACCUGCACUCGUCCCAGGUCCUCCGCAAUGCCACCGGCUGCCUCAGGAACGUGAGCUCGGCGGGGGAGGAGGCUCGCAGGAGGAUGCGGGAAUGCGAGGGCCUGACGGACGCUCUGCUUUACGUGAUCCAGACCGCCUUGGGCAGCAGCGAGAUCGAUAGCAAGACCAUUGAAAACUGUGUGUGCAUUUUGAGGAAUCUCUCGUAUCGACUGGCUGCAGAAACAUCUCAGGGACAGCAGAUAGGCACGGACGAGCUUGACGGAUUGCUUUGUGGCGAUGCCAACAGCAAAGAUGCAGAGAGCUCCGGUUGCUGGGGGAAGAAGAAGAAGAAAAAGAAGGCCCACGAUCAGUGGGACGGCGUCGGGCCUUUCCCGGACUCGGCUGACCCUCCCAAAGGCAUCCAGAUGCUGUGGCACCCCACCAUUGUCAAACCCUACCUCACACUCCUGUCCGAGUGCUCCAACCCAGACACCCUGGAGGGGGCGGCCGGGGCGCUUCAGAACCUGGCUGCAGGCAGCUGGAAGGUACAGCAUAGUACAUGGUCUGUCUACAUCCGUGCGGCUGUCAGGAAAGAGAAGGGUCUGCCCAUCCUGGUGGAAUUGUUGCGAAUAGACAAUGAUCGCGUCGUGUGCGCCGUGGCUACCGCUCUGAGAAACAUGGCCUUGGACGUCAGAAACAAAGAGCUCAUCGGCAAGUACGCAAUGAGAGACCUGGUCCACCGCUUACCCGGGGUCAACAACAACAACAGCAGCGGCGGCCCAGCAGCCGGUACCACCGGGAAGACCAUGUCGGACGACACCGUCACGGCCAUCUGCUGUGCCCUGCACGAGGUCAUCACCAAGAACAUGGAGAAUACUAAGGCUCUGCGCGACGCCGGAGGCAUUGAGAAACUCAUCGGCAUCGCGAGGAGCAAAGGAGACAAACACACUCCCAAAGUGGUGAAAGCAGCCUCUCAAGUCCUCAACAGCAUGUGGCAAUACCGAGACCUUCGCAGCCUCUACAAAAAGGAUGGAUAUUCUCAGUAUCAUUUCGUGGGUUCGUCCUCUACAAUAGAGAGAGAUAGACAAAGGCCGUACUCUUCCUCCCGCACCCCGUCCAUCUCCCCUGUACGGACAUCGCCCAAUAACCGAUCAGCAAGUGCCCCAGCCUCUCCACGAGAGAUGAUCAGCCUUAAGGAGCGGAAGACCGACUACGAGUCCGCGGGCACCAACGCCAGUUACCAUGGCAACAAGGGCGAGCACAUGUCGAGGAAAGACGCCAUGGCAGUUCAAAUCUCGAGUGGGACGUCGACAUUGUUCCGAGGUGCUUACGUCUCCCCCAGCGAUGACAUCAAACACAACCAGGUCUCCGCCCAAGGUCCCGACCCGGGUCAGGAGCCGUACCCGCCGUUCCAGAACCCCCCCGGGGUACAGUUUGAGGAGGCCUUCUACGAGGACCAGGUGCACCAGCGCCCAGCCCAGGCCACGGACUUGAACAUGCACCUGGGCCUCAAGUCCACCGGCAAUUACGUGGACUUCUACUCAGCGUCUCGCCCUUAUAGUGAACUCAACUAUGAGACCAGUCACUACCCGGCCUCCCCAGACUCCUGGGUCUAGUGGACUUAUAGAGGAAGGUCCGGUCGUUGGCAGUGUGCUGUCCUGUUAUGGAGAGAGAGAGAGAGAGAGAGAGAGAGACAGACAGUCCACGCAUGUGCAUGAACACCACAAGACAUUUCUUCAGCGAGUUUAGUUUGUCCUAGAGAGGUCCCACACCCAUGUGUCUUUGAAGAAAGAAAGCCGAGAGAGAUCCGAGCUGACGGAAUUGAGAGACAGCGGGAGAGCGAGAAAGAGAGAGUCACAAAGAGGGGAGGAUAGAAAGAGAGGGAAAAAGAAAGCGUAGCAUCUUGUGAGGAAAUGACUCACAGAAGGCAAGGGAGGAUGCUGUGUGAUGGGGUCACAACCAGAAGCUUGGAGAAUGGAAGUGUGAGCAGCAGAACAUCUUGGGGACGGUCGGGAGUGUUCUAGAACAAAGGCAACUGUAAAUAUGUGUUAUAGUAAAGAGAUUAGUAUGUGAAGCACAAGAAAAUGAAGUGUCAUUUACACAAGCUAGGGAAUAGUUGUCAGUCACAAACUCUUAUUAGGUAAAUUCCGGCUUCAACGUGUGUUGUAUGUAAGGAGUGUCCUCUCUGGUCAAAGGAAUUGCUUCUAGACUUUGUAUCUUUUGAUUUGUUACAAUUCUUCUUUUUUUUUUAUUUCUACUUUUUUAAUUCUUAAUUCUGGUAUAAAGUAUUUUAUGUACAUUACAGAGAUACCAGUGCAUAGUGUAUAUUACACAAAGGCCUGUGUCCCUUUCCUCAGUGGUUCAACGUAACGGCAAUCUGUGCGUAACAUUCUGGGGCGAUAACGGAGAGUACAAUGUCUGCACACAUACAAAACAACAACAAGCGAGCUGAUAUGCAUUUGCAAAAUUAGGGUACUAUUUCAAAUUGGUGAAACUCGGAGGCUCAACGGCAUCAUUCCUCUCCCCUGGUGCUUUUCCACUGCCGUAAACAGUUUACCGAUGGACCGUAGUUAUACUCCGAAAACUGUUCAUGUCCUUACAUGCCUUGCGAUAUAAUUUUUUUUUGUCAAACCAUAUCUACAUGAAAACAUGUUUGUUCCUAGAUAAGCCUCUUGGUGAACUGUGCUCAUUGUCAAUAAAAUGAAGAAAAAAAAAGAAAAUGUGCCAAACAUGGUUAUCUCCAAGCUGAGGGGUAACGUUGAACUUCUGUUGAAGUUUACAUUCAACAGCAAGUUGUUGGUUCUAAUGAUGCCAGUUUGUAAAUGCUUUUUUUAUGUGUUUUAAUGGAAUAAAGCUAUAUAUACUGUAACAAAACUGAAACAUUACCAGGAGGAGCGAACAAGAUCUUUGAGAGCUUAAUUCCCUCCAAAGAUGUACAAAUUAGUUGACUGUGUUGUAAAAUAAUCAAUGUUUGAGAACAAUCCAUUUUUUUCCGUCCAGAGAUGGGUGGCAAUUACGUUCAUGGUAGACUAAACUGUUAAUAGAGUAUGAAUAUAUAUUAUAUAAAUAUAAAUAUAUACUUUUUAUGUGCAGAUGUGGAUGUCACUUAAAGCAGCAACAUUAUGGAAAAGACUUGUAAAGAAAUACAUGUAGGUUUUUGUUCGGCAUCAUUUUCCAGUCUACACACUAAAAUGUUGACUUUGUGUAGUCAUGUUGUUGCUAUGUGAAAUAGGGGAGACCAGGGGCCGAAUAAGCUGAGAAACGGAAGUUGUCACAGACCUAACUACAAGAAAGAGUGCUAAAAGUUAUACCCACAGAUCUUUGUAUAUUGAUGUUUUCAGAAUGUAUUUUGCCACUUCAUGUCCCUAGCUUUGAAUAUUGAAAUGUUCACAGGUGAUUGUCUUUCAUCACCAACUAAAAAAAAUCUCCUUUAUACCUGUCGGUUUUCCUCAAACCUGUAUAUAUCAAUGUGGUGUACAGUUAUGAACAGUGGCGCUGGUGACCCUCUGUUUAUCUGUCAAACUUAACAGUGGUAGUUGAAUACAAACCCUGCAACAAUAUUUUCCCAGCAUGACACAUGGUUUCAUAGCAAGCCCUCCUUUGAUGUUACAAAUGUUACAAUAACGGUUUAUGGCAUCAGUGAAAAAUCCGAUUCAAUUACCCACUAAUGCAUGAACAGUUCUUUAAUGUCAAACAAAAUGGCGGUAAGCUACGCACUGAAGCUGAGGAGAAAAGAGGGGAAAAAAAGGUGUAAGUUGUGACAACAAGCCCUGGUCUCCCUUACAUAUCGUAAGUCUCUAGGUCACAUUCAGAUGCUUGAAAAAUGAAUAAAUGAUGCAAACCCCCAAAAUUGUUCGACAUAUUCUAACAUGAUAUUGAUUCCCCUUCUCAUUGGUAAGCAUCUGAAACAGACACAGUCUUUGUGAAUAGUAGGCAUACCUGACAAACUGUAUUAAACUGUCAGUAACCUUUUUGUUGCUAGACAACGUGUUUUAAAAGACUUGUGAAACUUUUUAUUGCCUCAACAGAUUGCAACUGCUACAAAAUAUAAAUGGACCAUCUAAGAGUCA